UGUUAUAGCGUUAUGACUUGCGUGUUUUAUUUUAGCGAAAUUUAAUAUAAGUGAAAAUUCAUGUAUAUAUUAAUGUUUACCGUUACUAAUUUGGAUAACAUUCAAAAGGACACAUUUAAAAAGUAAACUAUCAAAAGUAUGUCAGAGAAAAGAGAUUUUAGGGCACUUUUUAAAGAGCUAGGAGAAACAAGUUCACUUCACGGAAUUCCAAAAAUUGCUUCAUCAAGACAAAUACUUGUGAAAGUGUUAUGGUGCAUCUUACUUCUAGGCACGAUGUCGGCAUUUACAAUUCAACUCCAUGGUUUAUUCAAAGAGUUUUACUCAUACCCAACAAGGACGUCAGUUCGACUUAACUUUCGACCACUCGCUUUUCCAGCAAUGACGUUUUGCAACAUGAAUCCAUUAAAAUAUACCCAUAUUUUUGACUAUGAUACGCUGACGAAAAUAGAUUUGCAACAAUGGGUGGCGGAUUAUGAAGGCGACACAAGCUGGCUUAACGAUUAUAUAAACGAAGAUGUACUUGAAGAACACAAUAGCACUAGGGACAAGUAUGACGCAUGGAAGAGUAGAUUUCUUACUGAGUUUAGAAAUCUUUCAGCUGAAAAUAGAUCAGCUGUUGGUCACCAAAAAGAAGAUUUUAUUCACAGCGCGGUUUUCUCAGGCCAUCGAAUGAAACUAACAUCCUUUAAAAAAGUACUGUCACACGUGUAUGGAAACUGUUAUACAUUAGACGAGGACAAAUUAAUUGCUAGAGGAAGUGGUCACAAAAAUAGUCUUAAGAUUGUUUUCAACAUUGAAACUGAAGAAUAUCUCGAAGAUUACACCUCUGCCUAUGGAGUUCGCAUGGUUUUACAUGAGAAAGGGACUUACCCACUUCCAGAAGGUGAAGGACUCACACUUAGCUCUAGGUCUGAAACCCAUAUAGGAUUACGCAUGUCUAGAAUAUUGCGACUCGGGGGGAAGUAUGGCGAUUGUACAAGUGGUGACAAGUUUGAAGAAAAAUAUCACAUUAAGUAUACUGUUCCAGUCUGCCACUCAAUGUGUGAGAUAGAAAAUUUGAAAUCUAAAUGUCAAUGUGUACCUCCAUCAGCCUUGAGUUUUGUAGACAAAGACGAUUUACGGCUGUGUGACGCCGGCGACGAUGAAACAUGUAUUGAAAACGUUAUUGACGAUAUACACAACGGCAAUAUACAAUGUGGCUGCUAUUCCCGUUGUAAUGAAGAUGUAUUUUCGACAACAUAUUCAAGUCGAGUAUGGCCACACAAGACAUAUUUGAAAAAAGUCCUGUUAGAGGAAACUUGCAAAAGAAAUGUCAAUAAAACGGGCUGGAAUCUAUUCAUGUAUAUAUGUUCAGAAAUAUCAGAAAACAAUGAUGUAGCAGAUGAGUACUUGGAUCAAAUUUCUUCAAACUUUCUUUCAGUUUAUAUCUACUUUGAGGACUUAAAUUAUGAAAUUGUCUCUGAAGAGCCACUGUACAACACGCUGCGGUUUCUUUCUGAUAUUGGCGGCGCUAUGGGUCUAUAUAUGGGCGCUUCCGUACUUACUUAUGUAGAAACUCUUCAAAUUGCCUUGGAAGUGUUUCUACUUUUUAAGCAAAAGUGGAUGAGGACAACACCUAUCGAAAAUUUCCGUUCGUGCUAAUGGUAUUAGUCCCGAGACAACAAAUUCAAAUUCAAAACCUUCUGAACAGAAACAAAAUAAGAAUGUGAGUUUAUCGUAAGGAAAGAAAGCAUACCAAGUUUGAGCAAACCAUAAAAUCGUACAUGCGAAAUACUUGUAAUAUUUACAAUUCAAACGACGUCAAGGCAAUUAUCAAACUUCAAAGCACAUGUGCUACUCCCUUCCAUUAUUAAUCAAAGGUUUUUAACAACAUGCAUGUCAAAUCUAAACUGUGGUCCCUGCAUAUGAUCUGUUUACACUAAACAAGUCUUUUAAGUUAAUUUUUAGUAUUUUUCAAAUAUCUUAUGUGUUACCAAAAUACAUUCCUGAAAUUUAUCAUAACGUUUAGGCAAUUACGUUAAAAUGUCGAAAUAGAAAUUCCAGUAAAAUAAACAUUUUCCAUCUAAUAAUUUUAACUUUUUCGGCCAUCAUUUAUAAAAGUCACAAAGUUCAAAAACGCACUGAUCGAUUUCAUUUCAAGAAGAAAAUAAAUUAUUUGAGUAAACUGUCUACAAAAAAUAUUUACUACUUUUCGUCCAUUUAAAGUUCAGACAAGUAAAGCUGAUCGCGUACAAGUUUGGUUACUAUCGUGAAAAUCUUCUUAUAACUAUAUAUGAUGUAGAAAAAAUAACUGAAGUGAAGAGUAAGUAUUACAUUAAUUUCUAACGUACGCAAUCGUUCCUUCAAAAAUUCAAUCGUUUCCUUCGGAAAGUGUUUUAUAAGUGUUCCCACAAAUAUUUUCCCUUUGCGGGGUAAAUGUGCAGGAGCUAUAUCAGAAUAAUUUUCUUGUCACUUCCAAAAAAUGUAGUUCGAAGCACUAUUUAAAAAACAGAUUGAGGUAUUAGAUAGAAAAACUUAUAUAACCUGAUACCGGUAUUGUUGUAACUUUGAAAAAUGAAUACUAAUGGAUAUUUGUAAAUUAGCAAACGAUUUCAAAAGAUUUAAUGAAGCAAAGAACAAGAUAUUAGCUAAAUACUAAGUGUUGCGUUUGAGUAUAAUAUAUGUUGGUGUAUUCUUAUACUAUAUGAUGCAUACAUACCUGUCAAGAAUACGUUGGUUCUUUUGAUCGAUUUCAAGCACCUGGUUAGAAUCAUCAGCCUUAUUCCACAAGUCAGUGCCAUCACUUCCACAGGUUGAAGAUUUCUACACCCAAAACAAUGUUUGGACCCACAGCGAUACGGUGGCAGGUCAUUCAAAGUCAACGACCUUAAGCAUUUGGGCACUGAGGCCCCUGAAUAGACGAUCAAAUUAGGGAUAUCAGUAGAGGUAUUUAAUAGUCCUGCUGAAGGUAUGUUUGAAAAGAUUGGACUGAUAACAGAUAAUGCACACUUAAACAAAAUGUAUAAUCUCAAUGGGAGAUUCAGCACAUCUGACAAAACUUAAGCUUGUAAUAUGGGGUGACACCU